CUAUCAGUAGUAUAUUUAAUCGCAUGUGUUUAGUACAUGUCAUACAUGAACUACUCUUGUUACAAGUGAUAGCCUACUUUAUUCUAAAAUAUGUGAUUCAAUCCAUGUUGCGAGGCUUGUCUGGAUUACCCAGCGCGGAUGUCAUUAUUUUCUAGUUCAUUCUAGCACGGCAGAUGGCAGCAAUGCACAUAGGGAUGGAUUGACAGACAGCACAGACAGUAUGAUAUUCUACUUUGGAGCCUGCGCACCGAGUGGCUGUGUGUGUGUGUUUAGCCAUUGAUUUGGCAGGGUUGGGAGGUAUAGUCUAUAGAGGGGCAUGGUUUUUGACGCCGCAGAGUUAUAGAAAAAAUAAAAGUGAAACGGUAGGCUUUACGUCAUGUAGGGUGGGGACAGCGAACUGCGUGGUGAACUGAGCAGGGUUUAAAAGUCUUCUCUCUCCGAUUUGGAGUCAGAAUACAAAAUCUUCCAAAAGGAUUGGGUUUGCUGCUUUUCCACUGAUGUGCCUAUUGUUGACAACUUUUGUCUCCAUAGUCCGGAUUUAACGAUAUUUGGAAGAGUGAAGAGGAGAGGAUACAGAACUUUUUAAUUUCACCAUAGUGUCUAUUUUGGUGUAUCCUAAAUAGCCUUAUUGAAACUUGAAGCUAUAGAUAACCCGUCAACAGACAAUAAGUCAUCGGAGGCUUACACUUGGCAAUUUUCCACCCCACCACGUCUCCAUUCCCUUUCCCCUCAUUUCUUGCACUCACCCUGUAAACUCCGAAGACAAGACAUGGUGUGUCUGAAGAAAUAUUUCACAGAGGGCUUGAUCCAGGUAGCUAUCCUGCUCAGUCUGGUUGGCGUCAGAGUAGAUGUCGGCCCUUACCUGCCCCCCUGGAACGAGAUGAUCUUGGGCCCCACCUCGGCCCUCACCCAGACUCAGUUCCACAACCUCCACAACCAGCUGGAUGGCCAGGACCUCCACCCCAAGAGUGUAGACCUGGACGGCUUCUUCACAACCCGGAGGCUCCUGGGCUGGGUCCGCUCCCUGGACCGCCUCCGGGUGCCUAGCUCGGAGCUAGAAACCUGGCUUGUGCGGCGCGAGCCUGAUGCCCUGGUGGUGGGGGCUCCUGGUCAGCCAGCCCCCCUGGAGGGAGGGGCAGGUGGGUUGGAGGAUCAUGCGGGUGACCAGGUGGAGUCGGUCAUGAGGUCAAGCGUGGUGGCGGGGUCGCAGGAGUCGGGUUACGGGCCAAUCAGAGAGGACAGUUUGGACACCACGGCGCCGCUUCUAAGAAGAAGCCAUGAGGAGGAGGAUGAGGAUGAAGAUCUCUAUGAAGAGGAUACAGAUAUGCUUUGGCAGGAUCACUCUGAUCUUGGACGUCAUCAGAGGCCUGAGGAGGAGCUGGUGGGGGACACCUGGAGAGAAAUCUGGAGGGAUGGUGGACGCUUUUACGACCAUGCGAAUAGAGAACUCGCACAGGAUUUAUCUGAUCAGUUUGCCAGCUUGGAAGCUCAGUCCUCAAUGUCCUUCCAGGAAUGUCUACAGCUCUUGGAAGACACCUUCCCUUUUGGAGAGGAGACAGAGCUGUCAGACCCAGUUGGCGAAGAUCGGAGGGAAGCCGCCAGCGGAGAGGACCCAACCCCUGUCCGAGAGCUUCUUCUGUCCCCCCUGCUGUCCCACGAGGAUCCCUCUCUGGACUUGGAGCAGCAGUGGCGUGAUAUUCUCGCCACCAUGGAGCCAGAAGAUAUGGAUAUGGACCAUGGCAGAGAUGCAAUGCAAUCUGGAUCUAUUCAGAGUUCCAGCUUGAUGGACCCCGUUCACCAGGAUGUCAGCCUUCAUCAGGCAAUCCUGCCCGGAAGCAGCCAGGAUAGUUACCCCUUCAACUCCAGCUUUGGGGGCAGUGUUCCCCUGGAGGCCCCACUCCAGCCAGCCCUGCUCAGUCAGUCCUCCAGCGGACCUGACUUUGACCUUAACUUGACCUUUGGCCCAUCUGACCUGACAGAUACCACUCUUCCUUUGGCACUCAAUGGCACAGUUGGCAACCCCAUGGCUUCCAUUCAGUCAAGCCUCUUUCUGGAGGAACCAGUCCUGCCUAGCCCACUCGGCUCCCUAUUAGGUGAUGCCUUGCUGGAUGAGGUUAGUUUCCUGGACCUGGCUCUGGAGGAAGGCUUCAACCCAACACAGGCCUCCCAACUUGAGGAGCUAGACUCGGACUCUGGACUUUCUCUGAACUUCAGCCACAGCCCUGCAUCCCCUAGCAGCUCGGAGGCAUCCUAUUCCUCUUCUUCAUCAUCUUCAUCAUCUGACUCUUCUGUGUUUUCUGACGAAGGGGCUAUGGACUACAGCUCUGACAUGGAGGUUAUUGUGACGCGAGAGGAAGGUGCCGUGGGAGGCUACUCCCCAGAAGUCCGUAAGAUGUGCAGCACAAGCUACCAGAAGCCUGGGCGUUUCAACAACCUCCCUUGGUUGGAACAAGUGGGCCACGACCAUACCUACAACCAGCCAAGGGCCACCUCUCCCACGCAGGGAAAAUCACGUUACAGCAAAACCUAUGAGCAUGACAUUUCCGAUAAGCUUUGGGGCCGUGAUGAGCGCCGGGCUCUCGCCAUGAAAAUCCCCUUCUCCAACGAUCUCAUUGUCAACCUGCCUGUGGAGGAGUUCAACGAACUUCUGACCAAGCAUUGUCUCAGUGAGGCCCAGCUCAACCUGAUCCGAGACAUUCGCAGGCGGGGCAAAAACAAGAUGGCCGCUCAGAACUGCCGCCGACGCAAGCUUGAUGUCCUGUUUGAGCUCGAGGAGGGAGUAGAAGGAUUAUGCCGCCACAAGGCCCGUCUGUUGAAGCAAAAGGCAGAGAACCUUCGCUCUGUCCGGGAAAUGAAGCAGCGGCUCAGUGGUCUUUACCAGGAGGUUUUUUCCCGUCUGCGGGAUGAGCAAGGAAGACCCUUGCCUGCCACUGACUACACCCUCCAAUUUGGAAAUGAUGGACAGGUCCUACUUGCUACACGGAACAGUUCAGCCAGUGAGCAAAACCGCAAGCCCCACAAGAAACAGAAGAACAGAAAAAAGUGAACAUUUGUUGGGUGUGCAGUUUGGUGUAGCACUCAAGGAGUCGUUUGACAAGGGGAUGGCUGUAAAGAGUCAAGAAUUUCUCACAAUAAGAGGAAACUGAAAAGGAAAGAUGUAAGAGGAAACCUAAAUCAGUUUAAUAUGCUCUGAUAGUUUAUUUGCUGGAAAGGACAUGUAGCACAAAUAUGAUCAUGCAAGAAUCUUGUGAGCAUCUUGGAAAAACAAAGGGAAAACCUGUCUCAGGAGCAACAUAACUGUUGGGAGGACCAUGUCAGCCUUCCAAAUAAAUACAGUACAUAAAACACUAAGGUGACAAGGAGGAAGGGCUAACCUACGGCCUUCAGCCAACAGAGACAAGACUGGGCUCUUGGCGCAAUGCGGGCACAUUGCUGUCCCGGUCUUCCAGUGCCUAUAUGUUGAGGGUAGGCCUAGGUUCCUUGAAGUCAUCACUCACCGGACAGUUUAUUAGGUACACAUCUAGUACCAGCUCAGAGCCACUUUGCCUCCAGAACAACCCGAACUCUUCGGUGCAUGGAUUCUACAACGUGUCGGAAACGUUUGUUGCUCAAUUGGUAUCAAGGAAAAACAUUCCCCACACCAGCUUGUACCAGGCAGGAUGGGUCCAUGGACUCAUGCUGUUUAUGCCAAGUCCUGACUCUGACGCAACAGGAACUGGGAUUCAACAGACCAAUUUUUUUCCAGGCCUCAAUUGUCCAGUGUUGGUGAUGACAUGCCCACUAGAGCCACUUCUUGUUUUUAGCUAAUAGGAGUGGAACACGGUAUGGUGUCUGCUGCAAUAGUCCAUCUGUGACAAGGAUGAACAAGUUGUGCGUUCCGAGAUGCCGUUCUGCACACCACUGUUGUACUGCAGCAUUAUUUCUCUGUUUGUGGCCCGCCUGUUAGCUUGCACCAUUCUUGCAAUUCUCCUUUGACCUCUCUCAUCAACGAGCUGAUUUCGCCCACAGGACUGCCGUUGACUGGAUGUUUUUUGUUUGUCGCACCAUUCUCGGUAAACCCUAGACACUGCUGUGUGUGAAAAGCUCUGGAGGGUGGGAGUUUGAGAUACUGGAUCUGGUGAGCCUGGCACCGACGAUCAUACCACGCUCAGGUCACUCGUUGCCCAUUCUAACGUUCAAUCAAAUAGUAACUGAAUGCCUCGAUGCCAAUCUGCCAGCUUUACAAAGCAAGCCUCAGCCACAAGACUCACUGUCUGUAGGAGUGAUCCAUUUUCAUGAACAGGGUGGUGUACCUAUUCAUCCUGUUAUAAAUUGACCGGUGAGUGUAUACCCAAGUAAAAAGGACAGGGGAGCCUGGUUGAGAACAAAAGGGAACCAAAAAGAUUUGCUCCAGUCUAAAAACUGAACACAAGUUACCAUUAACUGGUGCAUUAUGGCUGUCAGUGAAGAAGUUGGAUAGUGCUUUUAGUAAAGCCUUAGUUACCCACACAGCUAUCUGUGGUUCUCAGGGGAUGUGACUACAUGACAUGAUGCAGACAAUGGUACAAUGAUAUUCAGGAAAUAGACUGGUUUAAAGUACCUGAAUAUAAUAUUUACUCAGGCCGUGCCAACAAUAUUGUGUUAAUGAUAUGGUUGUGGACUUUUAUUUGUAACAAGUUGAAAUUGAAUGCCUUAUCACCGGUAUCAUACUGGAAUAUAACUUAAUGCUGCAUAAAAUAUCACAGCAUUUUCAUAAAUGUUAAAAAGUCAAAUGUAUGAAAUGCCACUACAAGUACUGUGAUUGUGGCUUUACACUACUUUUAUGCUUUGUCAAGUGUCCAAUCAACAGAAAAGUAUAAAAAACAAUUUAAAACCCUGAAUUAGGUGCUUUAUGGUAUUAUUGGUUAUAAAAGAACAAUAUUUUGUUUUUGGAGGUUCUCACCUCAUUCUGUUUCCUACUUUUGAGUACUUGCUGGCAACCAAGGGAUAUUACUUUUGGGUGAAUAAAACAUUUUCAACAUA